GGACAAGGGCAUUGAUUUCGGACGGGACCGUCGGCAGCAGACGGCAUGAAGCGUGACGAUGCGAUCGCGUACUUUCAAGGGCGACUGGAGAAGGCCCCAAUGGACGAAGACGCGCUGCACAACCUCUCGGUGCUGUACAAAUCCAAGGGCGACACGGAGCAGUACGAGCGCGUCGCGCGCAUCGCGCUAUUAACGAAACGCGGCGGGCCCGCCCACUACAACGAGCUCGGACUGGCCUUGAUGCAGGCUGGCAAGCUCGACGACGCUUACGACCAGCUCCAAAAUGCGGUCGCGCUACAGCCGUCGUUUGGGCCUGCGCACAUCAAUUUAAGUGCUGUGAAAGCAAAGCGCGGCCACUUCAAGGAGGCCAUUCGUCAUUGCGAGGACGCGCUCAAGUACCUUCCGAACGACCCUUCCGUGCAUCGCAACAUGGCCAAGCUUCUCGAGGCCGUUGGGCGCACGGCCGAGUCCCUUACACAUAACCAAGCCGCUUUGCGCCUUGCCCCACCGACGCAUCCGUGGCUCGGAAGAUUGCCCUUCAAAGCGUGAGUCGGAAGCUCCCGACGCAGGCUCACGCCGCGUACGACACGUACCGCCGCCUCACGGGCCAGCACUACGACCUCAACCUCUAGUCGAGACGACGACCAAGGACGUACGAUGGACAACGUGUACAUGCUUUGUUACAAAUCAAUUGGCUUUGUCGC